CUGACACCACUCCCCUUCGUACGUGUUUUGAUUGCGGCCGCGGUUUGAUGUUUUCGCGUUUUCUCUCGCAAAUAAAUUCGCUGUAAAAACGCACAAAUCCCGUUCGAAACGCGACCAAACUUGUGUUGAUUGGUGCUUCGGUAGUUUCGGCGCGACGGUAUACAAUCGGUUUCAUGCAAAAUGUGUUAUCUGGUGCGCUGUUGUGAUUUUUCCAUAUCCGGACCAGUGAUCAUCUCGCAAGCUUGAGGCGAGACAAACGAAGAAAAAAUCGUACUGCUGGCAAGCAGUACAGCAUCAUCAUCGUCAGUGGAUGCAGUCGCCGCCACCGUCGUCAUCAUUAUCAUCAUCGCAUGAUUUAGCAGCCACGCACGGGAAGUGAGGAUAAAAAGCUGCAGAGCAAAAUAGAGCACCAUCCGACAAACGAAAAUUUCACCGUCUUGAGGUUUUGGCUUCGAUCAUGUGAAGAAAGGAUGAUGUAGAGGAGUUUUAGUGGAGAUAGUGAAUAACAGAAUCUGCAAGUGAAGCUACUUGUGAUUGGGUUCGGAACUUGGUUCCAUUGCUGAGUGGAUUACAUGUAAAGGUGGUCGGCACUUUUCUGGAUCAGAAGGAUGAGCAGAGCAUCGUUCUGAUCGCACUGAUUGAAUCGUCCUCGGGUUUUAUGGUACCCAGUUCGGAGAACACCAUCAUCGGCCGAUCCAGUAGCCAGCGUGCGAGAUAAGAGGAACGCAACAAUACCCCGAUAGGUCCUCAUCAGUGCUCGCCGAUUUGUUCACGGGAUAGAGCGAAAAGUAUCAUCAGGUGUGCGUCGUAACGAGAAGAGCCCUGCUGUCGAGUCAGUUUAUGAUGAUCUGAGUAUGGGAAAAGAAUAGAGUGUGACAAUGUUCAUCGUGGUAGAAAAACAAACCUAAACGAGCCAAUCGAAUGUGAAUGUGCGCCGUAAUGAGAGCGAAAAACAAGUCGCAAAAGCGUGAUAACCAUUAGAUACAUCUAAAGCCAGAUGUAUUACCACAAUGCCAGAUAGAUCUACGAAAGUGUAUGCCCGCGUGAUUUGCAAUAAUAGUGUCUACUGCUGAUUCACUGUAGGUAGCUCGAAAUUGAUUGAAGAUCACAACAAUCGUAUGAUAUGUGCAAGUUUGUGUUUUUUGUUGCUCAAUAAAAUGAGUUUAACUGCGGUAGAAUUGGGAGCAAAGCUAUUGAAUAGUUGUUCAACAAAUGCUACUCGAAGAAAUUAAACGAACCAGUGAUACGGUGGUGCAGGAGAAUAAAAAGUACUUCGGUGCCGGCGCGAUUGGAGUAAGGAUUUUUCGUCGUUGAUUGCUUGGUGCCUACGGAUGAAGAUGUUACAGUGUAUUAUGUGUAAUGGAUACAUGAAUUAUACGACUGUGAAUACUUUAAAACUUUAAGCAAACAGGCAGCUGAUUGGAUUUAGGACACGUUUUUAAAUUGGAAUUUUGCCAUGGCCAACCUAACCGACGGCGAUCAAAGUUUUUGCAGCGCAUCCCAGUCCGGUGCUACCGCAACGGCUGGCACGGCAACGGUGACGGCAACUAGCCCACUUGUAGCGGGAACGCCAUCAUCGAUAGCUGCAGUAUCCUCGUCCACACCAACCAGUGGCAGCGGGGGCGUAUGGGCAGAAUUCUGCGAACGGCAUGCACGUGCCGCUUCUGCCGAUUUUGCUCGAUCCUGCGUACACUACAUUACCACUAACCUGCCAGAGUCAGCACGCCAGACGGUCUCGCAUCGUGAUUUUAUGAGGCGCUUUGUGGAUUGCUUCCAGGAACAUUUUGGACACGAUUUCGACCGAAGGCGAAUGCAGUGCAAGACCGGAAAUGGCACGGUUGUGCUGGAGGAAAGCGAUUACUCAGAAGACACAGACUCACCGAAAACCAAUCAUAAGCCCUUUUUUCGACGACUAUCUUUCAAAGGUUUGCGGAAGGGAAAGGUAAUUCAUGCACUGUUCCACAAACAGCAUUCGGACGAAGUGGAAUUGUCCGGCAGUCGAGUGAGUAAAACCAAACUGGCUAAAAUAGUGGUUGAAUGUCGCAAGGAAGGCACGGUUAACUAUUUGACACCGGAAAGCCUGGAACAGCCCACCGGUACACACAAAUGGGAAAAAUGCAAGCUGGUGCUCGUAAAGACGGUCGGUGGUUACAUGCUUGAGUUCUAUUCCCCGCCUAAGUCACAAAAGCCUCGCAGUGGAGUAUUUUGCUUUCUGAUAACGGAAGCGCGCGAAACAACUGCCCUGGAAAUGCCGGACCACGAGAACACGUUUGUUCUCAAGGCGGACAACAACAUGGAGUACGUAAUUGAGGCGCGUGACACCGACGACAUGCGCAGCUGGCUUGCGACGAUACGCUACUGCAUGCGUAGCAGUCCUACGUCUCAGCUGCCCCCGAUUACGGAUUUGAAUAUGUGCCACAGUACAUCUAUAUCACACGGUGGUGGAACCACAGGUGGAGGAACAACUGUCGGUUCCGUUAGUGGAGGUGCGGGCCUAUCCAAUAGUUUGCUAAACGACGUAAACAAUUUGAGUUUGAAUCAGUCAGCGUUGAACGCAGUGCCAACAAAACCAGCUCCGGAAUUGCCUCCGCGUCGGGAAGAGGGCAGAAUAUCGUCUUCCUCAAACUUUGAACUUACCGAAGGUGAUCUGGAACCGGCGCACGAGACUGACACCGAUCUGACGACCAUGAUGCGCGAAUAUCCCUGGUUCCAUGGAACGCUAGCGCGGUCCGAAGCCGCUCAGCUAGUGUUACACAAUGGUAUGUCUAGUCACGGUGUGUUCCUGGUCCGACAGAGCGAAACCCGCAAGGGGGAGUUUGUGCUGACCUUCAAUUUCCAGGGGAAAGCCAAACAUCUGCGGAUGACGCUAAACGAUCUUGGCCAGUGCCGGGUCCAGCAUUUGUGGUUCCCGUCGAUAACGGAAAUGUUAGAGCACUUCCGACAGCAUCCGAUACCUCUAGAAUCUGGCGGUACGGCAGAUGUGACUCUUACCAACUUCGUAGUGCUUCCCUCGCAUUCAAUGGCAGCUAACCAAUCGAAUAGUAACAACUAUUCGACGACGACCAUUGGCGCAGGUGCCGCUGGUGCCAGUUCAGGGGCAGGAUCUAGUGCCAACGCCAACACCAGCCCGAGACAUCCCAUGCACGUGAUCACCAUGAAUGGCAGUGUGCGCAUCAAAACGUGCGAUCUGGAACUGCAACAGCAAACCAUUCCGUCGCAUGAGAUAUCCUCCGGCAAUCAGGGAGUUACCAGCGGCGGUAGCAAUCAAACGACUGCUGGAAUGGGACAACCGAGUGGAUCAUCGGCGGCUACCGGUGAAGAUGGCCAGAGGGCUGUCGAUAAUCAGUAUAGCUACGUCUGAGGAUGUACAGGUCUUGAACAACAACGUGGACUAAAUAUGGAAUUGAACUUUAGAAUUACUACAAACAACCUCAUCAUAUUUGACUGGGUUUCUAAUACUUUUUGUAUGCGAAAGUGUAGCCGCGUUUAUGGUUGAUAUUGAUAUGAAUAAUUCCUUGCCAAAGCUAUUCACGUCUUAACUUAUCCAAUUCAACGAAAAACGUGAGAUAGAAAGUUGCAGACACCAUGGACUUGUGUCCACUUCAAUAAAACAGAAUACACAUCUUUGCUGUUGUGCAUAACAAAACGUCACUUAUGUCUACAGUCUACAAUUGUAUCAUUCGAGAGAACAUUAACAAUACGGACAGUUUUACAACAAAAAUAGCCGAUGCUUAGCACAGCUUUUUGAACAGCUAAAAACCUCAUUAUGUUUAUUAUUAUUUCAGAGGCGUUAUUUGUAAGUAUUAAAAUGUCUACAUUAUUUAGUUACGCCUUAUCAUGUUGGCAAAUGAUAAAAAAGCUACUUGUUGAAUGCUGUAAAAAACUUUUUAUCUACCUAAUGAUUCCCUAAAUUGAAUAAAUCGUAUUGACAAGAGAAAGAAAUAGAAUGUCCAUUCACUAAACGAAGCUGACCUUCGACGCUAACUAACGAAACGAGACUAACCGGAACUGACCUUUGAGUACUAACAAUGAACUUAAAGAUGAGACAUUUUAAUACUAAGACAAAAAAUAACUUGAAGAAAAGGACGGCAUUGGUAGAUUUGUUUCUGUUAUUGGUAGAAAAGUUUUCUAAUUUCAUUGUAUAUUAAAUUACGGCUGAGUUUCAGAAAAUUUGAUUGACUAGAAACUGUUCUGCCUAUAAAAGAAACGAAGUUGUUGACAAGUUUGAAGAACUUUCAAGAGUAACCUGUGACAGGAGAUAUAAAUUGCGUUUUCCGAUUAAUCAUUUAGCGACAUCACCACGAAUGUUCCAAUUGAAUGAAGAAUAACAACAAGAAAAAAUAUAACGAAUUGAUGUUGCUUCCUUUGAUAUUGCUUAAGUUAAAAUGCGCUCGAAUCAAUCAAAAUAAUUUCAAUGUGUAUUAAAUGACUACUUAUUGUUUGAGAUUUGCAGGUAAAAACAGAUUGGUAAUUAUAGAUGUCAUUUUUCGAUUCUA